CGUAUGUAUACCAAAUGCUGGCGCGUCUUUCCGACAAAACCGCUUAGGCAUAUGUGGUGAUUAUUCGCAGUGUUGGCGAUUUUGAAGAGCAUAUUCGCUGUCGCGUUUCAGUUCGUUUACAGACGCCGUUGUUAUUGUUACUGAUGGUGGUUGAGCGCUGCUUAACUACUGUGAAUUCGAUUUGUUCAGCAACCUGCCUUGAGUUUUCUUUUUUAGUGUUUUCGCUUGGAAACGCUUCGUAAUCGCCAUGGAAAAAGGCAAAUUCAUAGGCGUGGUUAAAAAAUAUCCAAUUCUAUUUGACCCAUUGCACGAGGACUACAAGAACAUUGCCAAAAAAGACAGAAUAUGGAGUAAAAUUGCCAGAGAUUUUUACACCGAUGCUGAUGACUUAAAAAAGAAAUGGAAAAGCCUUCGUGACACAUACGCAAAAUAUAUUAAACGCGUAAAUUCCGAAACAGCACCAAAGGAAUGGAUAUGGGCCGAGCACAUGAAAUUCUUUAGACCUUAUUUGUUUGUAAACAAUCAAUCACUCAAGGAUGACAGCUAUUCAAACUAUCCAGGAAGUGAUGAAUAUGAGGAUCUUAACUCAGAUUCGAACAUACCCGUUGUGGUGCAGGAAAACGAAUAUAUAAUUUCAGAAAAUGACUUCAUGGACGGUGACAACGAGGUGGUGUUUAUGGAGGAACCACCGGAAUCGCCAAACAUAGUCGAAGCAACGAUCAAGACAGAGUCCUCAGAUUUUAACAUAACUCAGCCCAGAUCUCUGAAAAGAACAUUUAGCUUGGCGCAAGAUACCACCCUGCCUGAACACUACAAGGAGAAAAAGUUGAAAGCAGUAUUCGACGAAGUCGAAUGCCUGCUCUUAGCCCAUGCAAAGACCAUCAAGAGAUUCUCAGCAAAACGUCAAGCAAUUACCAAAUACAAAAUAGCUCAAGUAAUUUUGGAGCAGGAGUUAUUACAUGUUCAAGAACAUCCCAAUCAUCAUUUUGAAUCAAAGAGAGAAAGAUACCAAAGCGGUUCUAGUGUUUAUUCUCACGGUGAUUAAUUUCACCUGUUAAUAAUAUCUUUAUCAUACACACAUCAGGCGAUUAUGUAAAUUUUAUGUUUUUAUCUCCUCUAAAAAUAUUUAGAAAAUAAGUGUAUUCAACAUUCUUCAAUAAAGCGAAGAAAAAACUUUA